UGUGCAGCUGCCUGUCAACAAGAUGGCCUUCCUCUCCACCGAUGUUCCGACUCCGAUUAUUUUGGUUGUUCAGAGAACAUACCGUAAAGGUCAGCCUGUGUCAGCUCUGAAAAGGUAGCCAGAUGAACGAGGAAGAGUGUGAAACAGGAUCAGUAUAGAUAGGUAGUGUACAAUUGAAAAACGGACAGUAGGCUUCGAUAUUAACAUUAGGUUGAUUUGGAAAGUACUCUGCAGCCAGAUAGCUAGCUAAUUUACGUGGACAAGUAAAAGAUAACCCGAGUCACCUGCACCCCUAUUCUUGCUCAAUCUGAUUCAUCGGUCGAUUGUUGAGAGGAAAACAGGCCUACGACCGUCGGGGGGGGGGGCUUGCUAGUAACGUUACUGUCAUCAGCACUGUUGCAGGUCAAGUGCUUGCGGAUCUACAGAACAACGCAAACUGCCUUCAUUGUCUAAUUGCUGCAAAGAAAUCACUACUAAAGGACACCAUUUAAGAAGAAGAGACUUGCUUGGGCCAAGAAACAGGAGCAAUGGACAUUAGACUGGUGGAAAUUUGUCUUUUGGUCUGGAGUCCAAAUUGAAGAUUUCUGGUUCCAAACGCUGUGUCUUUGUGAGAUGCGGUGAGGGUGAAUGGAUGAUCUCUACAUGUGAUGGAGUGGCGGUGCUUUACUGGACAAUGACCCAACAUACCUCCAGACUGUGUAAGGGCUAUUUUACAAAGGAGAGUGAUGGAGUGCAGCAUCAGAUGACCUGGCCUCCACAAUUCCUCGACCUCCACAAUUCCUCGACCUCAACUAAAUUGAGAUGGUUUAGGAUGAGUGAAGAAAAGCAGCCAAGUGCUCAGCAUAUGUGGGAACUCCAAGACUGUUGGGAAAGCAUUCCAGGUGAAGCUGGUUGAGAGAAUGCCAAGAGUGUGCAAAGCUGUUAUCAAGAUUGUAUGCCCUCUUCCCGUGACGGUGCCUGCUGUCUCGCACAGAGAGAAUGAGUAACGUGGUGCACAGCAGAGGCCCAGCCUAGACGCCGCCGAAAUGCUUCCCUCCGGCCCGUGAUGGACCGAGACACCUUCUCCCACAUCCGACUGUGGUGCCCACGCCCCUUUGGCACCUACUCCCAGAACAAGCCCAGAGGUACAGGGGGCAGUGGGGCAGCCCCCUUCCUCUGCAAGGCUGACACUGCGGGGUGCACGUCGCUGGAGGUCGGGGGAAGCGUGGAUGGCCAGGAGGAGGAUGCCGGCUCCGAGAACAGUCCCCCAGACGCCGACCCGGCCUCGGCAAUGCAGGCUCCCUCCACCCCUCCCGGCUCCACUCAGAUGGAGGACGGGAGGGUGCUGCUGGACACCUGGUACGUCAUCAAGCCGGGCAACACCAAGGAGAAGAUUGCCUUCUUCGUGGCCCACCAGUUCAGUGGGGUGGGCCUGCCUCGACCCAGCGCCAUAAAGGUGAAAGGGAACUGGGCCACGGACUGCACUAAGGCCAAGCGCAGGCGGCGCUGCUCCUCCUAUGACCCCCCCGCCCGGACCCAAACCAAUAUUAUUCCCGCCACCCCAGAAGCCUCCACCCCAGAGGCCAUCCCGGGAGUGAGCGAGACUGACCUGCUGUCCGUUGCUGAGAUGGUGGCCCUGGUAGAGCAGCGUACAGCCAUGGCCUUGCAGGGCAUGGUGACCCAGGGAAAGACUGCCACAGAACACCCUGAACACACGUUCCUGCAGGGCACAGUCUCCGACCCCAGCCCCAUGGUGUUCCUGUCAGAGAGCCCUGACCCCCCACGCGGUGUCCUGGAGGAGGAGCAGCAGGAGUCGCGGCGUGUGGCUAAGGCCAUAGCCCACUUUGAGUCCCAACAUCAGCUCCUGGAGAACACACUGAGGCCCGUGUCGGGCCUGGACUCCCCCAGGGAGAGGGAGCGGAGCGGGGACUCUGGGCCCACCCACGGCCGAGGUGAAGUGAGGAUUGCUUUCCGGGUAUCCAGCCUAGAUCCUGGCUCGCAGUCAGAGCCCGCAGGCCGGCCCCGCUGCAUGUUCAUGAGCUGUGGGGGAGGAGGGGGCCAGGCGGGGGCCCGGGCCAACGAGAAGAUCACCUGUGAUCUCUACCAGCUGGUCAGCCCCACGUCACGGGACCCCAGCCUCCUGCUGUCCGGCUCUCCAAAAGCUGACCCCCAUGGGGAGAGCCAUACAGACCGACCAGCCUCCAGCAGCCUGGACCCCAGCCAGGAGCUCGGCUCUGGGGAGAAGAAGUCUGUGGCCCGGGAGAGGGUGACUGGUUUCCACGUGGAGGUGGUUGUCACGGGUGCUGUAGACCAAUGUGUGUUCUAUGGCAAGGACAGCACAGAAAAUGUGCAAGAGGAGACUGUGUGUUUCGCCAUGCCCAGUGGGACCGACGGCUCAGAGGACCCCCCUCCAGGCCAGCUGUUCUUCCUGCAGCCCCAGAGAGGGUCUGACGAGGACAGUGGCACCGGCAGCAGCAAUGGAAUGUGCUCUUUGGACUGCACCAAUAACAACAAUCCUGCUGGGGAUGCUGCUGACCGGCCGGACUCCCCCCUGGCCGGCGUGGAGGACUGCUCGGACCCCUCCCUGUGCCGUCUCUACCGCCACGUCUCUCACGACUUCCUGGAGAUCCGCUUCCAGAUCCAGCGGCUGCUGGAGCCUCGUCAGUACAUGCUGCUACUGCCCGACCACAUCAUGGUCAACAUCUUCAGCUACCUGCCCACCCGCUCGCUGGCCGCCCUCAAGUGCACCUGCUACGACUUCAAGGUUCUGAUUGAGACGUACGGUGUACCCGCCACCGACUCGCGCUGGAACCAGGACCCGCUGUACCGCGACGACCCCUGCAAGCAGUGCAAGCGGCAGUACGAACGGGGCGACGUGUCUCUCUGCCGCUGGCACCCCAAACCUUACCACCACGACCUGCCUUAUGGACGCUCCUAUUGGAUGUGCUGCCGGCGCACGGACAAGGACACACCAGGCUGCCGUGUGGGGCUGCAUGACAACAACUGGGUACUGCAGCCCUGCGAGCUGGUGCAGACCCGCGCUAAGAGGGAGGACGGGAGGUAAAGGGGCCCUCCCCAGCACCCCUCUUACUCCCUCUAGACCCCUGGUGCUAAACUGAAGACCAGGGUUGGGGUUCUCUCCUGUGUUGUCAGCUCUCUCACUGCUCGUUAUCACCUUGUUCUGAGUUCUUAGCAGUUGACUAGCUCCCUACUCGGAUGUUAGUACAUGUGAAAACUGGACUCAUGAUGAGUGGGCCCAUACUGGUGAUAUGGUGCUGCAUGGGGCCUGAUGCUCAACGUUUCUGCCUAUUGGUCAACUGACAGUCGUGUCCUAGCCAUGCUGUCAAAGCUAGAGCUGACCCCAACUUUACUGACCAGAGGGCCAGCCACUGAAAGUUUAAAGGUCCAAUGCAGCUGUUUUUAUCUCAAUAUCAAAUCAUUUCUAGGUAACAAUUAAGUACCUUAUUGUAAUUGUGUUCAAUUAAACUGGUCAAAAUGAAACAAAUAUAAUCUUGGUAAAGAGCAAUUUCUCAAGCAACAAUUUGUGAUAGGAUUGUAUGGGACUGGUCUGCUCGGGAGGGGAAAAUUAGCUGUUAUUGGCAGAGGUUUGGAACUCUUUCUUAUUGGUCUAUUAACAAAUUUACUACCCGUUGUCACCGGGCAGGCCAAAAUCCAACCCACCAAAAUGGGCUGAAAUUUCCGACUGUUUUUAAACCGCUCUUGCACUAAAAGGGCAUUUUCACAAUUGCACAAUAUAAUUGCAACCGCAUAGUGUGAAAAUGUAUGUAAAACACAGUCAAAUCACAUUUUUGACUGCACUGGGCCUUUAAUGAAUGAGACUAACAGUGUGGGGCAAGAUAAGGCAAUUUGAUGUCACUUUAUGAGUUUUGACUGCUUGUUAUCAAUUAUUUUAGUUUUUUGGUGUGUGAGCGAACGUUUGCUGUUAUUUCCUGUUUUUUUUAGGACUGUUCUCCCUCCACCUCUUAUUUUUGAGCCCUUCCCCACUAACCCCCAGUCCCAACCUGCUAGUCGGCAGAGGGCAGUCUUUGCCAAAGCCGUCGUUUGCGUCAAUGCGGGUGAAAAGAAACACGGACCAUAGAGCUCUCUACACCAGCUUCCAGCCUUAACCACACUGGUCCUGCUCACAAUCCCUAAAUCUGCAAAACCUUGACAAAUACAGUAUAGAGAACUUUGUUCACUUGACCCCUCUGACUGGGCAGGGAAGACCACUGUAGGUUUCAGUUGUACAAUGCUAAUGGGAAUGUGCUUCUCAAAUAAACAGAAAUGAUUAAAACUGGAA